AUGGCAUACGGGAGCAUCUGGGACGGCUCGUCAGUACCGCUGCUCGCGCGCGUUGGCCAACACCAUGGCUGGCUCGCCUCGACACCUCCCCACACCCUCAUCCCCUUCUCGAUCUUCGCCAUCGUGCAUGCGGUCCGCGUUGCGUGCGUGUACCGCGGCAUCUCGAGGGCCGGCGGCUACGACAAGCAGCUCGGCAACUUGCAGGCUGCGCUCGUCCCGCUCGUCUUGAUUCUCGGCGGCUCGACCAUCUCGAGCGUCCUCCUUGGACAAGUUCCGGGUUGGGUCAUCACGCCUAUCCCUGUUGCGACCUACGGGCUGAUCCCCCUCCUCGCCGCCAAGUCUGGCCUCGUCUCCUUCGUCCUCUCGCUCCCUACCCUCCCGCGCGAAACCUUCUUCUGCCUCGUCGACGGCUUCUCCCGCAUCAUGGGCAUGACCACCUUCGGCGUCGACAUGGUCCUCGCACACGCGAACAACGCCGUCCGCAACUCUCCCUGGGCGAUGGUCCUUAUUGCGUUCCUCUCGGGCGGCGGUGGAGGGAUGAUCGUGCCCGCGUUCCGCAUGUUUGGGCCCGAGUGGGGAUUCAACGCGACGCCGGCGUUCAUCAAGACUGGUUUGCCCAUUGACGUCUGGAGCGCCGGCUUCAUCGGCUACGUCUACGCCACCCUCAUUGACGCCCACCCCUUCUUCCGCAAACCCGUCGCCUACUCCCUCACUCACUUCCCGGCUCUCCGCCAGGUCCUCGACGUCCCCAAAGCCUACCUCUCCUCGCCACGCCACACCGUCCUCCUCCAGCCCGCCGAAGCCAAGACCUUCUGCUCGCUCCUCCUCGCCUUCAUGCUCUUCAUGUCGCGCAUCGGACUCCCCCUCCUCCGCCGCACGUUCUCGUCCUCGUCGCCCGCCGGCAAGGCCGCAGCGCAGAAGCGCAAGGCAGUCGCCGCCAACGUCAACAGCGCCAAGCAGGCGACUUCGUCGGCCAUUGCGAGCGGAAAGGAGAAGGUCAGGGAGCGGAAGAACCAGUAG